CAUCUUCUUCUCCGUCGUUCUCGAUCCAUCCAUCCAUCCAUUCAUCCAUCCAUGGAUGACUCCUCCGCUCGGAACCCCGCGCACCCACCGCUCGUGAACUCCGCGGACCCGACAAGAGACGAGGAGGAAGACGAACAGCUCGCCGCUCUUUAAGCCCUCGUGCUCGUUUUCCGACAAGCAGAGAGACCCGAAAAAACAAGAAUCGCUCCACCCGGUUCCAGGAAGAGAUAUAUAGAGAGAUAUAGAGAGAGAGAGAGAGAGAGAUUUGGAGCGAGCCAUGAAGCCGAUUCAGCCACCGCCCCCCGGCGCCACCCCCAAUUCCUCCUCCUCCAGGGGCGGCCGCCCCCGGCGGCGGCCCGACCUCACCUUGCCGCUCCCGCAGCGCGACCCGGCCCUCGCCGUCCCCCUCCCGCUCCCGCCCUCCAGCUCGGCGCCGUCCACGAGCAACCACCACAACGGUAGCGGCGGCGGCGGCGGCUCCGUCGGCAACCACCUCAACAACGCCUUCCCGCCCCCGGCGGCGGCGGCGGCGGGGGCGGCGCAGCAGCAGCAGCACCAGAUGCACUUCUCGGAGCUGGAGCGGGUGAAUCGGAUCGGGAGCGGGAGCGGCGGGACGGUGUACAAGGUGGUCCACCGGCCGACGGGGCGGCCCUACGCGCUCAAGGUCAUCUACGGCAACCACGACGAGGCGGUGCGCCGCCAGAUCUGCCGGGAGAUCGAGAUCCUCCGGGACGUGGACAACCCGAACGUGGUCAAGUGCCACGACAUGUACGACCACGGCGGCGAGAUCCAGGUGCUGCUGGAGUUCAUGGACGGCGGGUCGCUGGAGGGCAUCCACGUCGGCAACGAGAGCCACCUCAGCCACCUGACCUACCAGAUCCUGAGCGGCCUCGCCUACCUCCACCGCCGCAAAAUCGUCCACCGCGACAUCAAGCCCUCGAACCUCCUCGUGAACUCGCGCAAGCAGGUCAAGAUCGCCGACUUCGGCGUCAGCCGCAUCCUCUCCCAGACCAUGGACCCCUGCAACUCCUCCGUCGGCACCAUCGCCUACAUGAGCCCCGAGCGAAUCAACACCGACCUCAACCACGGCAAGUACAACGGCUACGCCGGCGACAUCUGGAGCUUCGGCGUCAGCAUCCUCGAGUUCUACCUUGGGCGCUUCCCUUUUGCCGUCAGUCGCCAGGGCGACUGGGCCAGCCUCAUGUGCGCCAUCUGUAUGUCCCAACCCCCCGAGGCCCCCGCCUCUGCUUCCGGAGACUUCCGGGACUUCAUCGCGUGCUGCCUGCAGCGCGACCCGGCCCAGCGGUGGACUGCCUACCAGCUGCUGAGGCACCCUUUCAUUUUGAACCACAAUCAGGGGCUGCAUCACCAAGUUCUUCCUCCACCUCCACCUCUAUUCUCAUCAUCUUAGUUGCUGGUUCUUUUCCUUCUUUUUCUUCCUUUUCUUUUCUAUUGCCUUAGUUGCUAAUUAUUGGUUCUUGGGAUCUUUUCAUUUUGUAGUUUUUGAUUUUCAUAUGAUCAUUGGGGUUUGGUGUUUCUAAGGAGGAGAGGAGAAGAAAAAGUUGGGCUUAGAUGGUGGGUGUGGUGUCAAGAAAAAGCUUCAGAAACUUACAGUAUCGAUGUCUCUUCUUGAUCUUGACGUCCUUCUUUCAUAAUGGAAUGCAAUGCAGCAAUGCUUACCAGUAAAGGAAAAUCUGUUUGCUAUGUUUGGUCUUUUAUUGUCGCUGCCGAGUGCCAACCCUCGAUUGUGCUUAGUGCGAAGGGAAAGAUAGCAAAAAAAGUUGGCUUUUUUCCGUGCAAUGCUCUGUAACUAGAUGUUAAUUAAGUCACGAGGCAUGGGAUUUCUUUCUUCUUGGUGGGGUGCACUGGUUUUUUUGCUAUUCUUGGCUAAGUUCUGUGGUGGGAUAUGUUUCUGCAAGAAUGGGACUUCGAAUAAUUGCGGCUAUUUCAGCUUAUGGGACAUUUUCAGGAGUGGGAAAAGAUUAGAUUUGGCUUAGGACGCUACUAAUGCACGUAUUUUUGGUUCUUUCUUUCCUGUGAGAGGCUGUGUGUGUGUGUGUGUGUGUGUGUGUGUGCGCCCUAUCAUCAUCAUGGACACAUCACAUAAGGCUUAAAUGGGAAAAAAGGGGGAAGCAUCCGAGAUUCUCUUCAAUCCAUAAAUCGGUUCUAUUCUGUGCCUAUGUGGGUACUGCAGUGAGUGUCUUCUCCAUCCUUACUUUUUCUUAUUCUUUUGCUUUGAUGUUCUCCGUGGCACCAUAUGUACACCAGCAGGCCAAAGUUUUGAUAGAAUGUUGGUGUGGAGGUUCUUGGCCCUCUGCGUCUAAACAAGAGAUAUCUUGGUUGCUCCUGCAGCUUGAUUCGAAUGCCUUGUGGAAGACGUGGCAUGGGAAAUAUGACAGUGAGCUAAGUACUUGAACUUGGGUGGAAUUUUGGGGACACCAUCAGAGGUUUGAGGGAAUUUUUGUUAGUUGUAUAGGAUGCAUGAUGCAUUGAACAGCAAGUUCAAUAGCUAGGCGAUGCCAACUUUUUUGGGGGGUUUAGCAUUGAUUCCCCUGGCCUGUUGUAAAUAUGUCCAGAACUAGCUUUUUCAGGCUCAUAAAGAUUGCUCAAGUCAAUCCUCAUGGAAAUGAUUUUCUUUCGCAGCUUGUGGAAA